GGCAGCACCAGUGUUUUGUGAACUCGUGCUGAGCCGAACGGUCUCACACUGACUACAACGAUGAGUGUGAGCAAAAGCAUGUCACGGCUGGUUUGAUUUGAAGUUUACUUCAGCAAAACUGCCCGUAAUAUUUACUACAUGUGCUCAUUUGACGUUUCCAAAGCCCUGUUAAAUGGAGCUAGAGGACCAAUGGUGGAAAGGACAACUCGCUGCAGAUAUAUACAAGGCGCUACGAUACAAAGAGCUGGAGUUGCCGUCCUACAAAGGCCAGUCCCCUCAGCUCAACCUGAGACGAUACUUUGCUGACCUCGUCGCCAUCGUCAGCAACCGCUUCAGGCUGUGUCCCGCCGCCAGACACCUGGCCGUCUACCUCCUGGACCUCUUCAUGGACCGCUAUGAUGUCACGGUGCAGCAGCUCCACAUGGUCUCGCUGUCAUGUCUUCUGUUGGCCAGUAAAUUUGAGGAAAGGGAGGACCGGGUGCCCAAGCUGGAGACCCUGAACAGCCUGGGCUGCAUGAGCUCCAUGAACCUGGUCCUGACCAAGCAGGGUUUACUUCACAUGGAGCUGCUCCUGCUGGAAACCUUCCAGUGGAACCUGUACCUCCCGACAGCUGCACAUUUCAUAGAAUACUACCUGUCUAUUGCCGUCCACGAGGGAGACCUCCACGAUGGCUGGCCUAUGACCUGCCUGGAGAAGACCAAACUAUUCAUGGCCAAGUAUGCUGAUUACUUCCUGGAGGUUUCCUUGCAGGAUCAUGCGUUUUUGUGUUUUGCCCCCUCGCUGGUGUCUGCUGCGUGCGUGGCCACCUCCCGCCUCAUCCUCCACCUGUCCCCUACAUGGCCGCCCCGACUGCAGCGCCUCACAGGCUACACAUGGGAGAACCUGGUCCCAUGUGCCGAGAAACUCCUCAUUGCACAUGACGGUGACGUCAAAGAGGCCAACAAGCAGAAGUGCCAGCAGCCCGGCCAGCAGCAGCAGCAGCAGCAGCAGCAGCAGCAACAGGGCCAGACGGUGUACCACGGUUCAGGCCAGACAGCCACUGUGGCCCAGUACCUGCACUGGCCCUGCGUGCAGUAUCCCCAGCAGGCUCCGCAGCCGGGCCUGGCCCCUAACCACAGGCCUGCCUCCUACCUCAGCCACUCCACCGCCAGCCUGCAGACUCCUAACGGCAACACCCAGGCCAUCGCUGCCCUACAGGAUCCAAAGUCCAGCAUUACUAACCGGGCUUACCAAGUCAGCAUGCACUACACCUGCGCUGCUCCGUGCUUUGACAGAUGAUGGGUUUUUCAGGGUGCAGUCAUUUUUUUUGGGG